CAGUGCAAAUGAACUGGGUUUCAUCCCCAGUCCUGGGAGGAAAAAGAAAAAGGGAAAAUGGAAACAGGAAGACGAGGAAGGCAAAUCCCAAGGUGUCCAGAGGGGAGACGCUGAGAAGGGACAGGGAGGAAGGGGAGAGGGGAAGGCCGCAGGGCUCAGGGGCGGUGUGAGCAACAGGGGUGCUGCUUGCCUCAGAUCACCGCAGCCGCACUUUCUCCAGACAGACGCACAAGUGGAGUCCGGGUGUGGGGUGUGUCUCCACCCCUCCCGCCGUGUGUCACCGGACUGGGAAUUGUGCGUGUGCCAUGGGGCAGGGCACCCCCACCGGCUGCGUUUUUGUCACUGGGCGUGUCUGUGUGUGUGGUUUGGUGUCUCUGGGUGUGCCUGUGUGGGUUGCGUUGGUGUGUUGCCAGACAUGUCUGUCCGAGUGUCUCGUUCCCCUGCGGCUGGCGGGCCGCGGGCCGUGGGAUCCGGGGAGGGAGAGGGGUUGCGUCUGCGUGUUCUUCUCCGAGUAGGUCCGCAGGCCACCUGCUAUGUCAUGUGAUCAGUGUGCACCGCCCUGCGAGGUGUUUUUGUGCGACCACGUUGGUGUGUCCCUGUGAUUUGUGAUGGGAGUGUUUGGAUUUGUGUCUCGGUACACAGUGUAUAGAUCCUUGUGUUACUUUUGCCCUGUUGUGUGCUGUCGCGUCCUACAUUGUGUGUCCCUUUAGGAGUCACUGGGCAUCACGCUGCACUGCAUUCACCGUGUGUGUCCGUGUGCUGUGGCCUUCCGUGUGUGACACCGCACAUCGCUCAGUGACGUAGCCUGCAUCAUGUGCGUGGUUGUGUCUUGUGUGGCCCAAAGAGGGCAUGCUGUCUGACCGUGGGCAUGUGCUGUUGGGCCCUGCGUUGUACACUGUAGAUCUCUGUGCACGUCCAUUCACACUGCUCUCUGCCUGUUCGCUUGAACUGCGCUGUGUGCAGGGCAUACUGUGUGUGAGCAAAUCAGUGUGCAUUGUGAAUCGUCUUGAUGGCUCUAUGUAUAUGAUCAUGGGUGACCACGACACAUAUCUGUGUGUUUCUCUGUGCUAGCUGGCCAGGGCUCUCACAGCCAUGGCUCUGAGCGUUGUGUGUUUGCACUGCCAGGUGCCAUCCCGGGAGUGUGUUGUGUCUGGGACUUCACAAGUGCCUUGUUUCCACGUGUGUGCUGUGUGUGGUGGCAUCUGGGUCUGGCUCUGCCGACCCAGACUGCGUGUCUGAGGAGCACUGCGGUGUGGCACCCCGUGUGUGAUGUCUGGGUGUGGCUCUCGGUCGCCACCAGUUUUGAAUAUAACGUUCGCGCCUGUGUGUGGACAAUGUCUGGGUAGCCAUGUGUGCCAGGGGACGCUGCCUGCCCAGCUAAGUGCCGGCGUGUGUCACACACCGUGUGUGUGGUGUCUGGGUGUGGCUGUGGGUUUCAGAGCUCCUCGGGAGUUGUGAGUCACUCGGUGUAGGUCGUGCAGUGUGCCUUAGUGUGUGAGGAUCCGUCCCCGGCCGUGGGGUGUCCUGUGGUGUCCGGUGGGGGGGGUGUAGGUGUGUGUCACAAGGUGCAGCCGGCUGUAGGCACAGCCCAUUGUGUGUCAGUGUGUGUCCUUGCCCACGUGGAUGGGUGCCUCUUCCCUGCUCUGACCCAGACACACCCCAACCCCUCCUUAGUCUGGGAGGGGGGGUGGGGAGCCUCCCCCUACCCAGAGCCCUCCCCGCCCCUCCCGCCCUGCCCUGCAGCCGUUACCACUCCCCAGAGGGCACAGGGCUCUGCAGUGCCUCUGCCUCGGAGCAGAAGCCCCAGCGCGAGCUGAGCAGCCGGUGGCCUGGAAGCCAAAGUGGCUGCCAUUUGCCUACUGCGAGGUGGGGGACCUUGGGCAGGAAGCUGGCUGAGCCUCAAGACCUCAGGGGCCAUGGGCGGGGACCUGGUGGCUGGCCUGGGGGCCCUGCGGAGGCGAAAGCGCUUGCUGGAGGAGGAGAAGUGGCUGGCCGGCUGGGCGCUGGCACUGGCGGGAACUGGCAUUGGACUCAUGGUGCUGCACGCGGAGAUGCUGUGGUUCGGGGGGUGCCCGUGGGCGCUCUACUUGUUCCUGGUUAAGUGCACGAUCAGCCUUUCCACCGUCCUGCUGCUUUGCUUUAUUGUGGCCUUCCAUGCCAAAGAGAUCCAGCUGUUCAUGACCGACAACGGGCUCCGAGACUGGCGCGUGGCGCUGACCUGGCGGCAGGUGGCGCAGAUCUUGCUGGAGCUGGCGGUGUGCGGACUGCACCCGGCACCCGUGCGGGGCCCGCCUUGCUCGCUGGGCUCCGGGGCGCAGCGGGCCGUCACGCAGGCCUGGCCGAGCUUCCUGAGCCAAGGGGAGGCGCUGCUGUCGCUGGCCAUGCUGCUGCGCCUCUACCUGGUGCCCCGCGCGGUGCUCCUGCGCAGCGGCGUCCUGCUCAACGUGUCCUACCGCAGCAUCGGCGCGCUCAACCAGGUCCGCUUCCGCCACUGGUUCGUGGCCAAGCUGUACAUGAACACGCAUCCUGGCCGCCUGCUGCUGGGCCUCACGCUUGGCCUCUGGCUCACCACAGCCUGGGUGCUGUCCGUGGCCGAGAGGCAGGCAGUGAAUGCCACCGGGCACCUGUCGGACACACUGUGGCUGAUUCCCAUCACGUUCCUGACCAUCGGCUAUGGGGAUGUGGUGCCGGGUACCAUGUGGGGCAAGAUCGUCUGCCUCUGCACUGGAGUCAUGGGGGUGUGCUGCACAGCCCUGCUGGUGGCCGUGGUGGCUCGGAAGCUGGAGUUCAACAAGGCGGAGAAGCACGUGCAUAACUUCAUGAUGGACAUCCAUUAUGCCAAGGAGAUGAAGGAGUCAGCCGCGCGCCUGCUGCAGGGGGCCUGGAUGUACUACAAAUACACGCGCAGGAAGGACCCAGGAGCCGCCCGCAGGCAUCAGCGCAAGCUGCUGGCCGCCAUCUACACCUUCCGCCAGGUGCGGCUCAAACACCGCAAGCUCCGGGAGCAGGUGAACUCGAUGGUGGACAUCUCUAAGAUGCACAUGACCCUGAGUGACUUGAAGCAGCGUCUGAGUGACUCACACGAGGCCCUAGAGAAGCGGAUUGACGCGCUGGGGAAGAAGCUGGACACCCUGAGUGAGCUGCUCAGUUCUGCCCUGGGCCCUCGGCAGCUGGCAGAACCCAGGCACAAGGCCACGUAGCGGACCCACAAAGGAGGACUCACACUACUUUCCCCAGGACGGAGCCCAAGCACUCCUCGUCCAGCCCUACGCAGAAAGCAGCUCAGGGUGAGGACCUCGGGCUGGGGCGGCUCCUGGCGGCAGCCACGAGGGGACACUGGCUCAGGGCGAAAGCCCUGGAGAGAACAUGGUCACUACAACCCCAUGCGCCCUCGUCAAAACCCACCUACCAUGCUGCUGUAGGUGACCUCUGGCUUUUAGUAAGAAGUGGAGGUGUCUGGAGAGGGACUUCUGGUCCCGGCGGAGAAGGGGCCGGGGGUCCGGAGUCCAGGAUCCUGGGAAGUUUCAGUUACCGCUGGACGGCACAGCUGAAGGAACCAGGUCUGAGUGGGGGAGGCGGCGCCCUCUAGCGGACAGCAAGCAGGACACUGUUUUUCAGGGCUGGGGAUUUAGCUCAGUGGCACAGCGCCUGCCUGGCAAGCUCAAGGUCGUGAGUUCGGUUCCCGGUACCAGAAAAAAAAAAAAAAAAAAAGGACAGUUUUUCCAAAGCUGCGGAGACUAGCGGGGGAAGUGAAGAGGUGGAGACGCACCUGUCUCUGCUCCCAUACUUUGUAAUAAACAUGAAACAAAACCA